AUGCAGGAAAAGCUAAAAAUAUUUCGUCGAGGUAAAGCUUAUUUCGUUUUUUGUUAUUUUAGGUUAUUGUUAUUUAUAUUAUGGUACUUUGGAUAGCACCUUUUGUGAAUUUUACACUACAUAUUUUAAAAAAGCUAUUAAUAUUUCCAAAAAAAAACUUUUAAUUAUUGUUUUUGGUGACAUUGUUCUUGAUGUUGGUGCAGCACCAGGAUCCUGGUCUCAAGUGGCUGCUGAACAUGUCGGACCUUUAGGAUAUGUACUUGGUGUUGAUUUACAAGCAAUGCAGCCACUAGGGGGUGUGGAUUUCUUGUCAAAGGCGGAUAUUCAGAAUCCCGCGGUUCAGAGGGCAAUAUCUCAACGACUCAAAGAUCGACCGGUUGAUUGUAUAAUCAGCGACAUGGCUCCUAGCCCUACAGGUAAUUUUAUAGUAUUUUAGGUUUGGUUCUAUAUAGUUUUGGACCAUUGUGUCUAUGUUUUACCGUUUGUUCAUCUAAAAAUUGUUUUAAAUUGUUUGAUAGCUAUUCAGAUAGCGACAAAUAACAUAAAUGGCCAGUUUAUAAACAUAUUGUUACUUUAGGUUCAAGAACUAUAGACCACGAGCGUAUAAUUGGCUUAUGUCACACAGUCCUCAAACUUAUAAGUGAUGACAAUGAAACGAAACUCAAGACUUCAGAUAACCUAGCAUUUUUGUGCAAAAUCUGGGAUGGACAUCUAAAGAAACAGUUCACAAACGAUGUCGAAAGCUUGUUUGGUAAUUGUCGAGUAGUGAAACCAGAUGCAAGCCGAUCUGACAGUGCAGAGUUCUACGUUUUUGCUAGAAAAAGUGUCAGAAGUUAA